GUGAGCAGGUGAGCUUGGUCGGAGUGGACGAGUGGAAAUUGUGGAGUUUUGCUGUUUGGUUUUUGAGAGAGAACCACUUUGUGUUUGUGCAAUUUGUUGAAUACUUGGAAUAUUGUUCAUUGUGCUUGUAUACAUAGUCUAAGUACACCGAGUAUUUUGUGUCAUCAACUGGUUUAGAGUGAUUGGUUUCAGGAAUAUUCCUGAUUUCCAAAUUUUAUUAAAUUCCAUAACAUAAGAGAUUUAUUGGUAAACGCCCAGUGUUCGUGAUCAAUAUAAUAAGAUUCAUUAAAACAUUUUUGCCUAAUUUUAUUAGGGCUAUUAUCUUUCCAAAAUGAAGAUGCUUCUUCCAAUUUUCAUCGCAAUCGUCACCAUAUUCCAUGGUGCUGUUGGUAUGGACUGCACUCUUGGAAACUCGAAGAAUGCGGUGGACAAGUUCAUCCACACCUGCCCUAGGCCGAUCAUUGACGGCAGAGAUGAGGAGUUCUGCUGCUACUCCUAUGAAGGAGACGUCAAGUGCUGCGAUCUUCCCGAAUUCGUCGUCGCAAGCACAUUCCUGUUGCUUCCUUACAUAAUUGCGUUCCUGGUGAUCUCGUUCAUCAUCAGUUGCGUGUGCUGCUUGUGUUGUCCGUUCUGUUGCUGCUACAAGAAGAGAUCUGGACGCGUGAUAAUUUGAAAAGUUUCAUCUGAAUGGCUUCAGGGGUUCAUGAAGAUCGAAUUGGCGUAUUGGGCACAAAUACUUCGAGGAUAAUCAUCAUACCUUCACAUGGCCAAUUCGCCCCUGGAGCUCCGCAAGCCGCUUAUCAGCCAUUAUAAUAGAUUUUAAGAUCGCUCCCAAUUGGACUCAUCUAUAUUUUAUAAGUGCAUUUUUAAUUUUUUUUUAGUUUUCAGUAUUUGCAUUUUAUUUGAAAUCAGAGAUCUGUUAAGAUUUUGUUUUAUUAUUAGAUUUUGUGAUUAGUUAUAUUUAUUAUUUUUCGAUAACAAGUACGUCAGUCAAGUUAAAUUUAUUGAAUCGACUUGGAAUUAUUAUCAAAACAUCAAUGAGUUCUAGUGAACCUAGACAUUUUCUAAUCGUAAAUCGCAUUUACUUGAAAUUUAUAAUAGUUUAGCAGCUGAAACUAGUUAAUCUCUUUAGCCAUUAGUAGGUAUUUUCCUUGCAAUUUCAAGUCGUUUCAUUCAAUAACCACAUUCACUUUAUUUUUAGUUGAAUUAAGUUAAGUUUAAGCACCCAGGCUUCUAUUUAUGUUUUUAUUUACUCUUUACACAGGUUUUUUGUAUUGUAAUUUUGGAUCUUCGUACAUAUUUUUCAUAUGAUUGAUACAUAUUAGAAAACAUGAAGUAUAAACAGUGCCUGACAAAAAUAUGCAAAACUAGUUGAUUGCCUUACUGAUGUCACAUAAACUUCUAUUCUGGAUCAUUCUGUCAUAAUUAUGUCAAUAAGGUGCCGUUAUCACAUUCAUAACUCGCGGUUGUGGUACAAUCAAAUGAAACAUUUUCUAAAAAAACGUGUUAUUUUGUUGGUUAGUUUUUAUUGACAUGAAGUAAUUUCAUAUUAAUAAAAUUAGAUUUGAUGAUGACUUGUGUAGGCAAGUUUAAGAUCUAUUUGCUGUAUACUGAUUUUUGUGCGCGCCACUUGAUAUUUUUGUUGAGUGAGCAAUAGUUUGAGUUCUCAUUCAGCCAUAUUUUUAAACGGUUUUCUCCACGUAAGACUGUCGAGUACAAAGAACUGAAGAGCAAUAAUUUCACAAAAAUCUACUGCCAUAAAUAAUUAGAAGAAACAAAAGAAGUUAUUUUUCCAUUUCACGUUCAAUAUGCGUUUUGUAGAAGUGUUGCCUUCCUAUAACAAUAGAAAUUAGUCAAUUUUAAUUGAUUGAAAUUGCGUUGGCGUUAUCUUCUGAUUGAGAGCUUGAUAACAACCGUAUGUGUCCAAUAAAGGCUGGGGUUACAAAUUCAAUAUUCUCUUUACUAGUGGUCUAGUGAUCUUACAUAUUAAGUAUACGGCUACAUUCGAAUGUAAUAUGGUAUUGUAUUAUCAAACAAAUAAUUUAGCUUUUUUAAAUAAUCAGGUUGUGAAAAGUUAUUAAUUGCUCUUUUUUAUUUUGAGAUCCGACCUAUUGGUUAAGAUUAACUUUACUUGAAAAUAUUGUAAGUGAAUUAGAACUUGGAGUUUAUAAACUUCCAUAGUUGUCGGUGUGUAAUGAUAAAAGUAGUGUCAGUGUAAUGUAGUCAGAGUGGGAAUUGUAGUUUACUUACGGAAGCAAACUAUCUAGUUAGAUACUAGCUUGAUUUAUACUUUCAUCAUACUUGGCUAUGAAAAUAAAAUUUUAUGUGCCAAAUUAUCUUUGACUCAGUGAUAUCGAGCUUCUUCUCAAACUGCCAUUGUGAAUUAGUUGAUUUUGCAUGUACUUCCUGUGGUGAUGCUUCAUCUGCAUCAUGAUAUCCUCUCAAUAAAAUUUCCUUUUCAAAUGUCAAAUUUGAGUCCACUUUGGUAUCUUGUUUAUGGCUUCCUUCUAUCAACAGAGCUGCUAGUUCCAUCAGAUUUUAAUUUUAUAGAAUUUCUCAUAAAUUAUUCUUAAUCAAAAUAUACUUUCAUUAUAUAAUAAAGAUGUUGACAAAUUGCGGUUUUACUGGCAACUAAAAUAGAAUUGUUUCUACAGUUGAGUAUGCAAAUGCAUUACAAGUUGACGGUUAAAAAUUGUACGUGAAUCAGAUUUCUAUCGCUUAUAUAGCUGUAUUUUGUAUUAUUGUUGUUGUAUUAUAAUUAUACACUUAUAAAUGAUUAAAA